AUGAGAUUCCAAGUGCACCAGAUAUAUGGACAUAUGAUCUGUGUGCUUACUCGAUGGCAUGACUAUUUCAGGACUCUGGUAUCAACAAAGGUUCAAAAGACUUUUAUCCAAGACAGACCUGUCACUCCGAUCGUACAAACUGAUCAUGGACAUAUUUCAAAUCCCUUUUACAUAGACCCUGUUGGUUCAAGCUCCCAGAACACAGUCUCAAAGACUUCGUAUUGGGAGACUAAAUGGUUUAUCUUUCUCCCCUUUGAUUCCAAAGUGAAUUUCAGCCAAAUUUUUACUCUGAAAGUUUUGCAUCGUCAGACAAACCCAAUGAUAGAUGCCCAAAACCGUCAAAGCCAAUUACAAGCGCUCGAUUUGAACCGCUACAAGACCUUGAAAGGAAAGCUGAACAAUCUUCCAAAUUUCAAGGAAAUUCAAAGAGCGUUAGAUGAUGCAACUCCAUCCACGCUUUUGCUGCGCAGUCAAAACGCUGCAAAGGCUGCAGAGCCAGCAUUGGAAACCCUUUCGAAAAUCGCAGUGAUUGCGCAAAGGACGGGCUCUGUGAAUAUAGAUGAAGUUCAGAGUGCAUCUCGAGCCUUAAUUGCUUUCUUGGAAGAAUCAGCCACCCCGUCAAUAAAUACUCUUGAAGAAACUCUAGUAACACCUGGGACGUAUAUCAAUGUCCCAAAUUCCCUGGAAGGUCUCAGCCAAAAUCCUGAGUAUCCAAGUUGGAUGAGAUCACAAGUAUCAAGCCAUGAUGGAGUGAAUGUACGCGAAAACCCUCAGAUGGCGGGCUUUGGAAAAGAAACUUCGAAUCAUUUCAACAUGAUGAAGUUUGAUGUAAGGGGCCGUCCAGAAUUCUAUCAAGAGAUCAAGGCUGGAGAUGACAUCUUGAGUGAUCCGACGAGUUCAAUCAUCAACAAAAAUGAGGUCUUGCAAAGAAUUUACAAAAGAAUCGAUUCAGACAUCAAAUUUAUUGAAAAAGAACCUCAAGAAUCUUUAGUGAGAUUGCGUAAACAUUCUGAAAUAAUGGGCUGGAUUGAAGUCUUAGAAAAACCUCGUCCAUGGGAAGGUCUAUUGGCUCCAACCAGGCUUGAUAAACUCGAACUGAUAUCCUUGGAAAGAGCACUACCAUAUGACGUCCGAAAUUACGCGCUCAACGCAUGGACAAAGCUGAAUAAUAGAUAUACGGAAUCAGCAAAGGGAAUAGUAAUGGAAGCAUUACCUGAUUCUUACAAGAGCACAUACGGGCAGAGGUUAAACUGGGAUUCGACGUUCCGUGGUUUGAUGAACGACCAGAAACGUUAUUCUGAGCUUGGAGAAGCCUGGGACGCAGGAGGACCCUUGAAAACUGAAGAAUGGAAGCAGCUAUCAACAGCUGAGAAAUGGGAGCAAAGAACUUUGCAAGUCAUGAAACAAUUUGUUGAACAAUACGACAGCAAAAAUCCAUCUUUAGCUUGGCUGGAUAAUCUUAACAGAGAUCUAGUGGAGGAUAAAUUGAAGUUGGUGAAACUGACCCCAUCAAGAUUUCCUAAUAUACAGAAUUUUGCAGCCAAACAGCUUGAUAUGCUAAAGCCGCAUAAUGGAAAAGAUCCUUUACCUCUUGAUAAUUCAUAUGGGAUUCCAGGAUUCUUGUCGAACGGUGUAUCCAGAUCUUGA